AUGAAAACAAUUAUAAUCUCACUUAUUUUAGUGGUAUCUAUUGUAAGCUCAAACAGAAUAUUGUCUGAGAUAAGCUAAACAAGCAACAAAUGGUAAUUCAAUCUUUUCACUUCAACGGCAGAACAAAAUAGUUAAUCAUACCAAUUAGAAGGCUAAGAAUUACUAUUAAUAUAAAACAAGAUUAGUGAAGAUGGAAAAAAUCAAAUAAUUAUGAAUAAAUAUCUAAGAGAUGGUACAUCAUUGGAUUAAACAAAAACUCUUGGAGAUAAAUCAAAAACUUGCUCAAAGCCUAAAGUCAUUAUAAUCCCCAAUAUUGGGUUUGUUUUGGGAUGGAUUUAACAAACUGAUUAAGAUACAUCAUUGAAUCUUUAACUUUUUAAUAAUAAUUUAACAAGUAUUGGAGAAUAAAUAGAAAUAAGUAAAAUCAAUGAAGAAAUACAUUGGGAUCUAUCUUCAGAAUAUUAUUACUUAUACAAUGUAGGAAAUUAUGAAUUAUUAUUAUUGUAUAAAGAACCCAAUAACGAAAAAUCUUGGAGUGGUACAAUAUAUAACUAUAAUACACAAAAACGUGGAGAUAUAAUAAAAUUGAGCAAUUCCAAAUUUAUUGAAAUAGCUUAGAAUAAUAUUGGAAAUAUUAUUUUGCUUUAAAGGGUAUAAUUAAGUGUGAUAAAUUCUUUUUUAAUAGCAACUAAACUAAAUUAAAGUGGUUAAAUAGUAUAUAGUAAGACAGUAUAACAUAUUCAAAUUUAGGCUUAAUAUGAGCCUAGGUUGGUUGCAUUGUCAAACAAUAAUUUUGUUUUAUUUUAUUAAUAAGCUGAAUAAAUAUAUUAUCAAGUUUACAAUUAACAUUUUGAUUCGGUUUUAUUCACUAGUAAUUCAAAAUAUCAAGUAUUUUAGACUCCAACAUGGGAGUUUAAUAAUUACUUCAGAGGUGGUUAAAUUUAGGUUUUGGCUUUGGAAGAAAGUGUAGUAUUAGUUGGAGUUAAUUAUAAUACUUUGAGAUUUUAACUAGUUUAAUUGGAUAAUGAUUUCUUGCAAUUCAUUCAAUAAAGAGAAAUUCAUUAUGAAGAUCUAAAUAUCUAUAAAUUUACAAUUUAAAAAACAAAUUAUCACACAAUAUUUGUUUAAUGGAUAAGUGGAAAUCCUUUAACUUUAUUACCUGAAUUCACAUAAAGUUUAUAUCAGUCUGAAUUAAAUUUAAAGCUGACUUUAUCAAAUUGUGGAAUGAAUUGUGAUUUAUGUGAAAAUAAUAAUUGCUCAAAAUGUGAUGCUGGAUAUAUUUUAAAUAAUAAUAAAUGUUAAAUAAAAUGUCAAACCAAUUGUAUUCAAUGUUCAACUAAAAACACUUGUGACUAAUGUGUAUCUGGAUUUAUUUUAAAUAAUAAAAUGAAUUGUGUUGAAUAAGGUAAUAUUGCAACUUAAGAAUUAAAAGUAAGUGUUUCAGAAUUAACCUAUAAAUAUAACCAGUAAGUUAAGCAAUUAAAAGAUGGAAGUUUGCUAGUUUAUUAUUCAGAAUAUUUGAAUUAAUAAUAAGUCUUAUAAUUAAGAUUAUUAACAAGUGACGGAGAGAUAGUCUCAGCACACUAAAUUAAUUAUUUAGGUUGGGCAGGAUAUGAUAUUACUGUUUAAAAUGAUACUACUGCAUAUUUAUACACAGUGGAAAAGUCUGAAGGAUAUUCAGUUAUAAGACAAACACAAUUCAAUCCAAGAACUUUUCAGUUUUCAAAUGUUAAAAAGUUAUAAAUAUAAAAUUAAGGAUUUUAAUAUAGAGAAGAUAUUUAAGACACAUUAAGUGUUGUCGGAUUUGAAAAUUCAGUCUGUUUAAUUUUGAAAGGUUUGGAUAGUGGAGAUAACAUAAAUUUAAGUCUUUUAUUUUACACUUAUAGUGGUGAAUUAUUAACCAAUCAAUAUUUAGGAUAAAUAUACAUUACAUAAAAUUAUUCCUUUAAUGAUGAAGAAUAGAGAUUUGAUUUUGAUUACGAUGAUUUCUACUUUUAUAUUAUAAUAUCAAGAGGAUGUAGUAUUUAAUUGAUCUAAUUCAACUUGUUUGGAUAGAGAAUUUAUGAGGAAUAGUUUUAAUAUAGUUUACCAUAUGAAUGCUAAAAUUUUAUUAAUCCAUCUUUAUCUAAGAUAUCAAAUAAAUUCAAGUUUAUGAUUGCAAUUGAAAUAUAACAAUAAAUAAUUGUAUUUAAUUGGAAAGAUUCAGUUUCAAUAUUUUAAACAGAUUAUAAAAUAAAAGCAAAUAAACCACAGUUAUUAGCAUUUAGUGAUAAUUCAUUUGUGCUUUUAUAUGAAGAAUAUGAUUUAAAUGAUAGAUUUACAACUCUUAAGUAUCUAAGAUAUGAAUUUAAUGAAAUUGUUGUUGAUAAAAUAAUUAAUUCACAAUCAGUACUUCCUCAAGAUUUAAAUGUGUUAAAUUAAGAGAAUGAAUAUUUAAUACUGAAUUGGUUGGCUUCUAGUUCUUCUAAAAUCUAAGCAUCAAAUCAUGUUUACUUAGAAAAAAUAUCAAUUAAUGAUAAUUUAGUUUUGGGUUUUGGCAAGUAAUGUCCAGCAAAUUGUGAAAAUUGUAAUUUUGAGAAAGAAUGUGUAUCAUGCAAUGCUGAUUAUUAUUUAAAUGAAUUAAAGAAAUGCUAAUUAUAAUGUCCAUUAGGUUGUUAAACUUGUGCCACAAAAACCUUAUGUUUAGUUUGUUAGUAAGGUUAUUAAUUAAAUCAACAAAAUGUUUGUGAAUAAUCUCAAAAGAAUACUAUGGCUGUUUUAAAAGAUAAUAUAAAAAUUAUUGAAUCAAUAGAUUUAGAUUUAGCACAGAAUGGUAACUUAUAUAUUAGUUGGAUGGAGAGAGAUGAAUAAAAUAUUUAUAAAACAUUUAUUAAAUAAAUAGAUGUUCACGGAUCUCAAGUUGGAAAUGAUAUUAAAAUUAAUGUAUGCAGUGAAUAUGCAUCCAAAAUAUAUACAACCUCAUAUUUUAACAUAUUCUCAACAAUUUGUGGAAAUAUUGAAUAUGGAGCAGAAUUAUUUUUACAUUUCUAUAAUUUAAAUUUUGAUACUAGAUUUUCAUUUUGGAUUGAUUCUGGAAUUAGAAUAAUUGGACAUUCCAUUCAUGACACUCCAUACGCAAUUUAAGUUGUAUCAGAGAGAGAGAUAAUUAUAGUUUAUUAAAUUAUGAAUUCGGAGAAUGAUGUCUAUUUAAGAUUCUUAAAAUUAUGGAAACAUGAUUUUGAUAACACAUUCUUUAUAUAGAAUAUUCAAACAUUUGGAAAUUACUAUUAAAAAUUAUAAGAUUUAUAAUUAUCAUUUGAUCAUUAAUACUACUAUAUAACUUUUCAAAAUUAAGUACAAUUAGAAGAUGGCUCAAUUCAAUUCUAAAAAUAAAAAAUAACAACUGAUACAAAUUUAUAUCAGAUAAACAAUGAAUAAACUUUAGAUAUAAACUAGUAGUUAUUAAUUUUAUCAAAUUAAAAUAAAUUAGAGGUUUCUAAUAAUAAUUUUUAGAUCAAUUUUAUAAUAAGACAUGGUAAUAAAUAACUUUUUUAGCAUACAAUAAACUCUGAAUCGUCAUCAAUUGAACAACUAGAUGUUGCUGCAACUGAAUAAGGAUUUUAUAUUGUUUGGAUACAGUUAUAAUCUGUAAUUCUAGUAAAUCAACAUGAAAAUGAAAAUGGUGAAAUUUGGGAAGAAUAUUUUGAAUUACCUCCAAAAAGAUAAAUAAAAGCUUAAGGAUUUUAUAACAAUGGAACUCAAAUAACUGAUAUUUAGGAUUUAAUAUAAUCAAGUAAUAUGCCAAACAAAAUAUUUGUUUAAUCUGUAAGGAAUAAUUAAUUAUUUGUGAUUUGGUAGGAUUAAGAUGAAACAGGAUAAAAAUUACUUGCUACAAGAUAUAAUAAGAUGCUUUAGUUAUUAUCUUUGAAUACUGUUUUAUGUUAGACUCAUUGUGAUUUUUGUUAAACAUCAAAUAGUUGUGCUAAAUGUUCUUAAGGUUACUAUUAUAAUACUGAAUAAUCGUAAUGUUAAUUAAUUUGUCCAUCAAAUUGUUAAGUUUGUUCGCUUAAAGAUACUUGUGAUAUUUGUCAACCCAAUUAUUAUUUAAUAAAUGAUUAAUGCAUAUAUGAUAUUGAGAAAUAGUCAGAAAGAGUUCUGGCUAAUGUUGAAGAUUCGACAAUUACAAGAGUAUCAAUGAGUACAUUCUCAGAUAAUGGAUUUGUUGUAGUUUGGAAUGAUAAUCAAAAUGGAAAAUAAACUUUAUUUAUGUAGCUUUUUAAUAAUUUCAAAGAAGAAGAAGGACUAUUUCCGUUGAGUGGAGAUAAUGAUAGAUUAUAUGCUUAAGUAGAAGUCUUAGAUGGAGAUCUAAUUGCUUUGGCUUGGUUUGAAGGACAAUGUUCAGAUACUUGUAGACUUUAAUUAUAAAUAUUUGAUAGAUUUGGAACUAUUUAAACUAAUGAAUUUACUAUUGCAUUUGUGACAUUACCACCUUUAGGAAAAUAAUCUCCUGUUGUAAUUAAAAGAUAUGAUAGAACAUUAAUAAUUGCAUUCAUUACUUAUGAACUUGGUAAAACUGUUGGUUAUUCUACUAUAUAUGAAUAAGACACUCAAACAGUACAAGGCAAUUAAUUAAUUGAUCAAGACAAUAAUGUUGAUAACUUACAAAUCAUAUCAAAGAAUGGUUAUUAUCAUGGUAUUUUGUAUGUGAGAAAUAAUAAUGAAUUGAUACUUCAAAAUUCAUUUACAGUAGAAUGUUGGGCUUAUUAUUAUUGGGGAGUAUAUGGUUGUGGAUAUAAUUAAAUUUUAUCAAUACUUUCAUCAGAAAACAGAAUUCAAUAGACUUCUGUUGUAAUGAGAUUAGACAACUAUUUCAUCAUAACAUGGGUUGAAAAGACAAAUAAAAAUGGAUUCUUAAUAGAUAAAACUUAUUUUACUCGUUGUUGGCAUGCUGGAUGUGAAAACAAAAAAGAAUUAAUAACUAAUACAUUUGAUGAAACCUAUUUACCUUAGUUAGUUGGAUAAUAUGGGUAAUUUGGUUAAUAUAGAUAUUCAAUUAUAUAUGGAACUCAAGACUAUUUAUCUCACAUCAGAUAAAUGAUAAAAUUAUAAUCAUUUUUCGAUUAUGAAUCAGUUGAAAGAACAAUUUAAAUUAGCAUUUAAUCUCAAAUAAUAAAACAAUUAGUAACAUUCGAAUUUGCAAACGGUGAUGUAUUUAUUCUUACUGUUGGAUAAACAGGUGAAUCAACUAAUCAAAUUUUAAUGAAUAUAGUUAAUUUAUUUGGUGAUUAAUAAAAGUUAAUUGGUCAUCCUAAUUGUUAGUAACAUUGUUAAAGAUGUGAUGCCAGUUUAACAUGUUUUAAUUGCAAUAUUGGUUACAAUUUAAUUGAUGGUCAAUGUCAAAGAUAAUGUGAUAAAAAUUGUCGCAUUUGUGAUCCUUAUUGGGAUAUCAAUUUAUUGUAAUGUUAUGAAUGUGAAUUUGGAUAUUAAUUAAACAAUUUCUAACAAUGUUUGCCAACUGAUACUAGUAUUAUUUAAUCAUUAAUUAAUACUUAUUAAAGUGGUAACUAAUAUGGAUAAAGAGUUGCUACAUUAAGUAAUUAUCAAUCUAUUGUUGUUUGGAAUAGUGAAAAUCAAGACAAAAAUGGAAAAUCAAUCUAUAUGCAAUUAUAUGACUAAUAAAUGAGUAAGAUUGGAAGUGAAACACUUGUUACUAAAGAUAACAUUGGUAUACAAGAAGAGCCAGAUAUUGUAGCACUACCAAAUAAUUAGUUUAUAAUAAUUUGGAAAGAUAAUCAUUCAAAUACAGGAAGAAGAAUUCUAAUGUAGAGAUUCACAUUAGCAUUAGAAAGAGUUGGUGAUGAAAUUGUUGUUUAUGAUUCUUUAACUGAUAUUGUUACAACAGAUUAAUAAAAAAUAAAUUAUGUAGAAGCACAUCAUUAAAUUGUGAUUACAGAAAGAGGCUAAAUAUCAAUUUUAUUAUUUUUAUAAUAAUCAAGUAACAUCUUUGACAUUAAACUAAAACAAUAUAAUACUGAUUAUUAAGAAAUCACAUCAAAAUUAAUUGGUCAAACUCUAUCUUAAGAAUAAACCUCAAUUUCUACUAUAAAUACUUUAUUGCUUUUAACAUGGAAAUCUAAAGAAGGAAUAAGAGUGAUCUUUGUAAAUGAAUAUGGGUCAAGUGUAAAUGGAUUGUUAAUCCAAAGUACUUCUUCACAUAGUUAUCCAUCAAUAAUAGCAAUAUCUGAAAAUGAAAUUUUAAUUAGUUGUGUAGGUACUAAAUACAAUUAAUUAUUAAUUUAUAAAUAAAACUUAGAAUUAACAUUAAAUGAAAACCCAAAAGUUAUUUAAUUAGAUUACUAAAUUUAGGAUGUAAAUUUAUUGAGGAUUAAUUCUGGCUAUGUCAUAGCAUUUAAGCAAAAAAAAUAAACCCCUCAAUAUUAAAGUGAUUUGAUUAAUUUAUUAAUAUUUGAUAACAACGAUAAUUAGAUACAAUCAAAUAGUAUACAAGUUAAUGAUUAUUAUGGAUUAAUUAGAGAUAUCAGGAUGGCUAGUUUAUCAAAUGAUGAAUUCAUAAUUACAUGGACCUAAAUAAUCAAUAACAUUAAUGGAGGACCAAUAAAUGAAAGAAAUAUUUAAGAUUAAAGUGGAAAUGGAGUUUAUGUUAAGAGAUUUAAUAUGGCAGGCUAAGUUUAAUCUAUUGAAAACAUAGUUUGUUAAAGUUAUUGUAAAUAAUGCAGUAAAUCAAACUUAUGUGAAGCAUGUAGUGAUGGUUAUUAAUUUGAUGAAUAGAAAUUAAUUUGUUUACCAAUAUGCUAAUCAAAUUGUAAUUACUGCACCAAAUUCUUGGGAUAAUAUAAGAGUUAUUGUUAGUCUUGUAAAGAAGGUUUCAUUAUUAAUGAAUUAGGAGAUUGUGUUAAAUAACAAGAAUAAAAAGUUUCAUAGCUUUAUUAAUUUGAUGGAGGAGAUUUUAGAGUAUCUCAAAUUUUGACUUUAUCAAAUGGAAAUAUAGUGGUCAUCUAUUAUAUGAAUUAUGGAGAUGUUAUUUUUAUUGAUAUUAUUGAUAAUGCUGGUUAAGUUAUUGUUUAAAGAAAAUAGUUAGAGGGUUCUUGUUGUAAAAGAUUAACAAAAGCAACUGCUUUAACUAAUGGCAAUUUUGCUGUUGUUUAAAGAUCAUUUGAAAUGUAUUAUGAUGGGGGAUUUUAAUUAUUUAUUUUUGAUUCUGAAGGAAGGAUUAUAAAAUCAGAUUUAUUGUUUUAUCCUAAUUAUUGGGGAUAUCCUGAGUUUUGGAGAAAUCAAAAUUUAUUAUAGAUCAACUCUUUGUCUGAUGGAGGAUUUGUUUUGUUAUUUGUUACUAAUAGUAAUUAAGCUGCACCUUUAUAUAAUCCAUAAUUGCAUCUAAGAAUUUAUAGUAAAGAAUAUUAUCUUGUUAGAAGUGAUAUCAUCAUUUAAACCUAUUUCAAUAGAGGUGACAAUUAUUAUUAUUAUUGGGAUUAUUGGUAUUAUUAUUAAUAUUACAGCAAUGCAUAAAGUUAAGCAAUAACUGUAUUAGAAAGUGUGAACUCAAUUAUUAUUUCUUUUGGCACUCAUCUUUAUAAUAAUUGGGAUGAGAAUAAAAAUAAUAUUUAGAUGUUUGUUUAUAGCAAAGAAGGUUAAUUCAUAUUAAAUAAGCAAAUAGAUAUACCUAAUAAUGAUUGGUGGAUUGCUGGAUAUACUCCUAGAUUCUUUUUAUUUGAAAUUGAAUUAAACAAGUUCUUGUUAAUUUAUUUUAAUAAUAGAUAAGUAUUUGGAUAAUAUUAUGAUGAGAAGUUCAAUCUUUAAGUUGAGAAAUCUAUAAAUUUAGAAUCUUCCAAUUAUAAUCAUUGUUAUGGAUGUUGUAUAGGAUGUUGGGAUUAUAUUAGUAGUCAAGUUGCUUUAAUUAAAAACGUUAUUGUCAUAACCAAUAAACCUAAUCCCAUUGAACUUUACAUUUCCUCUUAUAAUUUGAAUUUCAAUGCAAUAACUUCCCCAUUUAAAGUAUCAAAUGAUAAAUUUGAUUAUGGGGAUUACUAUAGACAUUCACAUCAUUUAAUUAACUAUUAGCUUGAGACUUUAUUAUUAGCAUAAACAUUUUAUUAUUAAGGAAAUAGAUACAUGAUGUUAGAUAAGUUUGAUAAAAAUUGUAAUAAAAUUAAAUAAUGGACUGGAUGUGAUGAUUAAUGUUUGGAAUGUGCAGAAAAUAAUAAACAAUGUCUGACAUGUAAGAAUGGUUAUUUUGUUGAUGAAAAUAGAAAAUGCAAACAAAAUUGUGAUAUUUAAUCUUGUCUGUAUUGUGAAAAUAUUGGUUCAUAAGCCCAAUUUUGUCGUGUAUGUUAAGAUGGUUAUUAAUUAAAAGAUAAUAUUGAAUGUGUAUAAAUAGACAAUUCAAGAAUUAAAGAAACAAAACUUUCAUCAAGUGGUCAUGCUGCAUAGAAUACUCCUAGAAUUAAAGCACUUUAAGAUGGUAGAAUACUAUUGGUUAGUUUAAGUUAAAAUUAUAGAAUAUUGGGAUAGUUUUACAAUUCAAUAGGAGAAGCAGUAGGAGAUUAAAUAGUAUUAUUGGAAGAAGAUGGAAUCAAUCAUUUUGAUUUUGCAGUUUCACCUAAUUAAGAUUAAAUUGUAAUAGCAUGGGUGAGUAAUACAUAACUCAAUGCAAAAGCUCUUAAAUUUAAUAUCGAUCUGCAAACAGAAAACAAUUAAUAAAUAAUAAUUGUUGAUUAUAUUCAUUAAUAUGGAAUCUAAUAAAUUACAGUAGAAUAUUUAUAGAAUAAUUCUUUUGUUUGUGUUUUAUUUGGAGAUUAUAGGAGUUGGAUAAGAACAAUAAAUGAAUUUAAUGAACCAUAAAAUAUUUAAUAAUUUUACUAAAAUUAUUAUACAUAAUGUGAUUACUGGGGAAACUGUUAUUAUUGUGAUCUAUAUUCAUGUUACUAUUGUGGUUGGUAUUAAUGUUAUGGAAAUCCAUACUAUUACUAUUACGGAUAUUAUGGAUAUUGGUAUCGUCCAGAUAUCUAACAGCGUUACAUAGAUUAUUUCACUGCAAGUUAUGAAAGAGAACCAAGUGUAUUGAUCACUCAAAAUUAUAUUGUGGUAGCUUCUGCUGACUUUACUAGUAUAUAAUUAGCAACAUUUGAUUUAAAUGGAAAUUUAUUGUUUUAGAACAAUCUUCAGUAUUAAAAUUUGUAUAUGUAUGCAGCCGCUUAUUAACCAUCAAUCGCAUAAUUAGAGAAUGGUAAGAUUGUAAUAGCAUGGAAAGAUAUUUUAAUAUAAUACAAUAAUCUUCAUGAAUAAUAAGUUGAAUCUUACAAAUAAACAGUGAUUGCAUAUACUAUUACAGAUGAAUCAUUCCAAAAUAUAUAAAUAAAAUAUAUUGGAAUGGAUUAUGUAUAAGAGGAAAGACCAGACGUUGCUGCAAUUUCUAAUGGUUUUGCUAUUUCAUGGUCUGGAAGAAGUGAAAGAAAUAAUUAAAAUAUAGAUCUAAGAAUAGCUUACUUUGAUCUUUAUGGAAAUCUGUAAACUGGAUUCAUUCCUGUAAGUUCCAUUUGUAGUAGACCAAUCAAUUCUUAAAUUUCAAAACUUAAUGAUGGAUCUGUAUUUGUAUCUUGGUAUCAAGAUAAUGAUAUUUAUGUUUAAAAAUUAGAUAGGAAUGGAGUAUUGUAUCCCUUACCAUAACCAAUUAGUUGUCCUUAAUAUUGUAAUAAAUGCAAUAAAGAUUUUUGUUUAGAAUGUUUCAUAGGAUAUGAAUUAAAUAGUUCAUAGCAAUGUCAAUUAAUAAUAAUAGAACCUUAAUGUUGGGCAGAAAAUUGUUAAAUUUGUGAAUUUGGAGGUUAAAGAUGUAUGUUGUGUAAAGAAGGUUACUUCCUUGAAGAACAAUUUAAUAUCUGUUCCUAAAUAGAUAAUGCUGCAAACAAAGAAUAUUUAUUAGCAAAAUCUAAUGUCAUUAACGACCAUUCUACUGCUAUAGUAUAAGUAGAUAAUGGAAUAAUAAUACAUUUAUGGUUAGAUGUCAAAGAGAAUGAGUAUGUCUUAAAAGGAUCCACUUAUAAUCAAUCUGGAAGCUAAUUUAUUGAUAAAAAAGAAGUAUAAGUUUUACCAAAAGAUGUCUACAUGUAAGUGAAAUCAUAAAACUCAAAUAUUAUUGUCCUCAUUUACAAUCAAGAAAUAAGUAGCAUAUAUAUAUUAAAUUCAAAUUUGGAAGUUGUCAAUCCAAAAGUAGAUAUUUAAGAUAUCAUAAAACAAGAAUUCAGCAUUUCAUUUGAAUGGUGGAAUUAGAAAUUAAAUAAUUACAAUUAUGGUUUUGUUAUUGAAAUUACUGGUAUUAAAUAGUAAAUCAUAAAUUAAUUUUCUCUAAAUCCUGAAAUUAAAAGAUGUACAGUAACAAAGAUCUUUGUAUUUGAUUUCAGCGUAUAAUUAACAACCUAACCAUUUGGAUUUUAUAUGGAUGGAUAACCAUCAACUGGAAUAGUAGAUCAAGACAAUUAAUGCAAGAUUUCAUAAGUUCAUGAUGUACUUUAUGAUAAUAAAAUCUAUGUUUUAGUUUCUAGAAGUGAUUUAAAUAGGUAGAAAAUUUAAGCUUAUGAUUAUAAUGGAGAAAAAAUUAGAGAGAGUUUUAUUGAUUAAUGGAAUUGGUAUGGCUGGGAUUGGUGGUAUUAUUAAGCUUAAUUAAAAUUAUAUAGAUUAAAUGAAUUUUAGAUAUUAAUAGUUGGUAGGGAAGGAAAAGGAAUAAAAAUAAACAGUGAAAACUUCUUAGAUGAAGGAAUAGCUGACUAUUAUUACAAUUUCUAUUACUAUUGUAUAGAUCAAGAAUUUUUUAAGAUCUCAUCUGAUGAACAUUUAUAAUUAGUCUAACAGGAAUUUGGAUUAGUUAGUAGAUGGAUGUAUUCAGUAAAUCCCUAUUAUUAUUUUGGAAACUAAAGAUUUGUAUCUAGAUCAGCAGUGAAACAAUAAUCAUUUAAUGUUUUAAGACUAUAAAAUGGAUAAUAAUUAUUUAGUUGGAUAGAGGCAGCAAAUAAUUAAAAUAAAGGUUCUAUUAUGAUAGUAAGAUUAAAUCAGAAUAGAGAGUUAGAUUCUUUUUAGAAUUACUAAUGUUUAUCAAACUGUAAUAAAUGUUCAAAUGAUUAUACUUGUGAGUUUUGUAAUGAUCAUUAUGAAAAUAUCAACAAUGUUGAAUGUAGAGUAAUAUGUCCAUCUUUAUGUGAAAUAUGCUAUGAGCCAACAACUUGUUAAGUUUGUUAAGAGAAUGCAUAUUUAAAUGAUAAUGGUUAAUGUUAUGUACCUGAAACACCAUAAAUAGAAAUAUCAAUACCAAUAAAGAGAUCAGAUGAUUAGUUAAAUCCAAGAGUAGCUUCCUUUAUUGAUGGUAGCUUUGUUAUUGUAUGGUAAUCUGAAAAUCAAGAUGGCGAUGGUUAUGGUAUAUAUGUUUAGAAAUUCAAUUCAUAAAUAGAAAAAAUAGGUGAUGAAAUUAGAGUCAAUGUUAAUAUUCUUAAUAAUCAAUAUUAUCCUGAUAUAACAAUUCUUGAAAAUCAAAAUGUUAUUAUUGUAUGGGCUGAUGGCAAUAUUGAAACAUAAGCAACUCUAUAUUAUUAGAGAUUUAGUUAAGACUUAUAAAGAAUUGGAACUCCUGUAAUUAUCGAUAACAUAAAAGUGUAAUAUAUUUAAUAAUAUGAUACUCCUUUUGUUGUUCAAAGUUUACCAUUAAAUAAAUUUGUGAUUUGUUGGAUAAAUAGUGUAGAUUGGAUGUCAAAUCUAUAUGUUAGUUUAAUAGAUUCUAAUGGAGUUUAAGUAAAUACAUUCAGUUUAAAUUAUCCAGAUUAAGUAAGAGAAGUUGUUAUAGCAUCUAAUAGUCUUAACUUUGUUGUCAUAACAAAAUAUAAAUGUCAACUUAGAGCUAUAGUUUUUAAUCUUGAUGGAAAUCAAUAAUAAUCUUCAGAUUUAUGGCCUGGAUGUUCAACAUCAGCAGGUAUAACGGCUAAUUCUUUAGGAGAAUACAUUGUUACUUAUAUAGAAGCAGGAAGUGUUGUAGUUCAAUAAUAUAAUAGUCAAUUUGGUUUAAUCAAUACUACACCUAAAUUAGAUUAGGAUGGAGGUUUUGAUUCUGAGGCUGAUAAUCCAGACGUUAUUACUCUAAAUGGAGAUAAAAUAGUUGUAGUCUGGUAAAAUAAUGAUAGAUGGGCAACACCAAGAUCAAGAAAGUUAAAAAUGUAAAUACUUGAUAAUGCUGGAGUAACAAUUUCAGAUGUUAAAGAAGUAAAUUUAUUAACAACAUAUGCUUAAUUACCAUAACUUUCUUUAUUGAAUAAUGAUGAAUUCAUUGUUGUUUGGUAAGGAGUUCAUUAAAAAUCACUUAUUGAUUCAGAAUAUGGAAUUUAUCUUAUGAGAUUCAAUCAUGAUGGUAUUAAAACAAAUCCAAGUGUUCCAAUAUGUCCAGAUAAAUGUGAAAAAUGUUAAGAAUCUAAAACAUGUUUCAAAUGUCAACUUGAUUAUGAACUUGUUAAUAAUCAAUGUAAACCAAAAUGUCCGUAAAACUGUUCAUUCUGUGAUACAUCUAAUAUUUGUGACAUUUGUUAACCAGGAUUUGAAUUGAAUACAGUUGGAAAUUGUCUAUAUAUUAAUCCAGAUCCACUUCCUGGAAUUGUUCCAUUCCCAUAAUCUCCUAUUAGAGAAUAUCCUAGUUUCAAAUCUAUUUAAAAAUAUGGAAGUACUUCUGUUUUAAUUUAUGGAGCAUCUAUUAUUUAACGUGACUCUAAAAAUUAUUUAGAUGUUAAUUUGAUUUUAAUUAGUGAAAUAGACAAUUCAAAUAGUAGUUUCAAUUCAAUGAUAGAAAUUGAUGGAGAAUGGUUAAACAUUUAUAAUUCUGAUAUUCUAGUAGUGGAUGAUGAAAUAAUCAUUUAUUGGACUGAAUAAUCUUAUAGUGUUAAUAGAAUACAAUUAAAAUAAUUAAGAUUAAAUUCAAAUCUUAUAUAAUAAGGAUUAGAAACUAUCGAUUCAUUUGAUUUCAAUUGGAAUGAGCAUAUCAACAGAAAAGUUUAUCUAUUUUAUUUCAAUUCAAAUUACUAUAUUUUCCAUUCUGUCCUUAAUAUUUAUGGUUAAUAUGAAUUUUAUGCACACAUUAUUGAUAAACAAGGCCUUUUUGUAAAAGUUGCACUUUCAAAAUUAGGUGACACAUAUAACAUAAUUUAAAGAAAGCAAAUCUUAAUAGUUAAUAAUGAAUUUAUAGUAGUAGAUUACUAAUUAGAGAUAAGAUGGUUUAAAUUUGACUAAAAUUUGUAAUUAUAAGGUAAUUUUAUUUCGACUCAAUAUUUCUAAGGAGGUGUUGAUUAUAGUUCAAUAACAAUAGAAUAUUUGCCAAACUAACAAUAUGUAUGUGCUUGGAGAUCAAGGGAUCAAUAAUACACAUAAAUGAAUUAUAUCUAUUACAGAUUUUUAACUUUAGACUUUUAAUUUACUAGUGAGGAAUAAAAAGUUAUAGCUUCUAAUAAUGUAAUUUAGAACCCUUAGAUAGUAGUAACAAAUGAGAGGUUUUAUAUAAUUUGGAAUUAAGAAUCAAUUGUUUCUAGUAUGAUAAAUUGCAAAUAAUAUGAUUUAUUUGGGAAUUAUAUAAAUGAAAUCCAAAAAUUAAAUAGAUUAGAUAAUAAUGUAUAAUUCUACACAGGAACAAAUAUUAGUGAUGAUAAUAUAGUCAUAAUCUGGAUUUCAUAUUCUUCGACAAUAUGGGAAUAUCAAUACUAUAUUGCGAAAGUUGGUCCAUCUGGUAGAAUGCCAAUUGGUGGUGGUGAGUCAUUUAUUUGUCCAACUGGAUGUGAAAAAUGUUAAAAUGAAUAUUCUUGUGCUUAAUGUCUUUCAGGCUAUUUUUAUGAUUCUAUAAAAUACAAAUGUUAUUUACCUUGUACAAACAACUGUAAAGAUUGUUUAUCCGAACUUGGUAUUUGCAAGGUUUGUAAUGAAGGAUACAAAUUAACAAAUAAUAAUUGCGAUUAAAAUAUUUGUUAAUAAGGAUGUUAACUUUGUGAUGAACUGUAAAAUUGCUUAAAAUGUAAUGCUGGUUUUGAAGCUCUUGAUAAAUAUACAUGCAAAUAUUAUUGUGAUGUAAAUUGUGAAGUUUGUGGUGAAGAUAAAUGUAAUUAAUGUAAAGAGUCUUAUUAUUGGAGUGACUAAGAUAAACUAUGUGUUGAUAUCACAAUUUACAUUUAUUAGACAACUAAAGAUUAACCAUUAAAGGCAGUAUUUGAGAGUAAGGAUUAUGUACUUAUGUGGUAUGAAACUGGAUCUAAUGAAGGAAUUUAUAUCUAAUUAUAUAGAAGUAAUGGAAAACCAGUUGGUAGACCUACUAAAGUUAAUGAAGAAGAUCUUUUAGGAACAAGAAGAUUGUUAUAAUAAAGUAAUAAUUUUGAUGUUAGAUUAUUCGCUGAUUUGACUGCUAUUAAGAAUGAAUUAGUAGUUUUAUGGGUUGAUUAAACUUAAGGAGAUCUAAUGAAAGUUAAAUUUAAGAAAUUCGAUAAUAAUAAUAAAUAACUAUCUUCCACAAUUACCAUAAGUGAAUAACCUAAAUAAAAUUUAACUAGCAUGGCAGCACCAUGUAUAAUUAAACCAACAACUAAUAAUUAAUUUGUUAUUGGAUGGUUUAAUAAAUAGGAAGAGAAUUUGAAAUAAACAGCAACAAUGUUCAUUUAAUCUUUUAACACUUAAUUAAUACCUAUUGGUACAAAAUCUGCUUUUUAGAAUGCUGAUUUCACAAAAAUCCCAUUAAUUUAAGCCUCUGAAAAUGGAGAUGUCUAUAUCACUUAUACAAGUCAAGGAUAUACUUAUUUGGCUUAGAUGUCUUAAGAUGGAGAAUAAAAAAAUGAUCCAAUCAUAGUAUCCCAUGUUUAUUAAACUAUCAAAUCAACAAACUUAGAUGAUGGAAAUAUGGUAUAUGUAUUUGAAUCUUAAAGCACAAAUGUAUCACCUCCAUAAUUUGUAUUAUCUUAUGAAAUUGUAAAAUAGGAUAAGAAAGAAAAUUAACCUAGAGUUUUGACAUAAUAACAAUAUGGAGAAUAACAUCCAGAUAUAGUAGCAAUUGCUGGUGGAUUUGUUAUUGCAUGGAGAAGUGUUGAUAAAUCAUUCAAGUCUUAAGAUAUCUAUUUCUAAAUAUUUGAUAAUUCUGGAGAAGCCAAAUCAUAACAAAUAAAAGCUAAAAGAUAUGGUUUACAUCCAUAAAGUCCAAGAAUUCAAAUACUAAAUCAAGAUGAAUUAGUCAUAUCAUGGACUGCAGAAAGUAUAGGAGAUUCAACCAAAAACUCUCUAUUUUAGGACUCAUUCAAAUUAUCUGUCGCUUUGAAUAAUAGUACAACUGAAGAUUAAAAUAUAAAUAAAAUAGUAUGUUCAUCAAAUUGUUUAUAUUGUGAAACAAGUAACACAUGUAUAGCAUGCUAAGAUGGAUAUUAUACAGUAAAUAAUUAAUGUGUGAUUGAUUGUCCUCUUAAUUGCUAAUCAUGUUCAACACCAUUAAUUUGCAAUGUCUGUGAUGUUGGAUAUCAAAAUACUACUGGUCAUUAAUGUGAAUUUAUUGGUUGCGACUAAGGAUAUAAAUUAAAUGAUGAUAACGAAUGUGUUCCUGAAUGUUCUGAAAAUUGUUUAGAAUGUCAAUCAUUAACCUAAUGUUUAGAAUGCGACAUCAACUAUUAUUUGAAUAAUGGAAAAUGUUAAUCUAUCCCAAAUAACAUAGAAACUUAUGCUAAACAAUCAGAUAAAUAAAUGCCUUAUUACUAGAUUAUAAUCAUUAUAGUCUCUAUCUUAUUGUUCUUAGCUUGUCUAUUCUAUUCAUAUAAACUCUACUAAAAAAAUCUACUCAAGAGAACAAACGGAUAAUAAUUAGCAAAUUAAGUGGAAGAAGGAAUACCAUAAAAUACCAUUAUCAAUACCAUGAUUACGGCUAAUAGGGAAUAACCAGAAAAUUUAUAAUUUGAUUGAGUUUUAUAUUUGAAAAAUAACAGUUUAU